AUGAGUCUAAGUUCUUCGUUGGCCUCAUCGUUGGGAUCCAUUUUUUCUCGCGGUGGGUUGAGCAGUGAGACGCUGCCCGAGAAGCGGGCGAUGGCUGUCUGCGCAGUCGCGUAUGUGAAUCGUCUUCCCAUUGAGAUUUUGCACCGUAUCUUCAUGGAGAUCAUUGCAAGUGACAGUUACGACUUUGCUUGGAUUGGGGUGCUUUCAGGUGUUUGUUGGCGGUGGAAUUGCGCGUGCCAACACACUGUCAUGUGGGAAUUUAUAUCGAAAAGGAUAUUUGUGGCCUAUCCACUGGUGCAGCGCCUACACAGCGCACCGCUAGAUCAGUCUGACUUGCAACUACUGAACCGAAUGCGGCGAUUGGGGGCCCCCGAACAGUUCAUCACUCAGCACGACACCAUGAAGCCUCUCAUUGCACCGACCAAUAGAACCGUGCGGGAGGCCAUGGAGGAGGUGAAACACUAUUUGAAAAGCAGGAGUUACUAUGAGUAUGUGCAACGAAGGCGUGUGCUUGUACUACAUGUGUUCGUUUCGUGGGCGCUCCUGUCGUUUUCAUUGUUUCUCGCCACCACUGUGUGCCUGGCGGAGGGGAUCGCUUUGGGCGUCGUAUGCUCACCAAACAUGGCCUUCUUCCUCCUAUGGAUGACGUAUCUUUCCAUCAUUGUCAUUGUUCUUGCCAAUGUGGUGAUGGAGACACAUUUUGAACCGAAACCGCUUUUUUGCCGAUUGAGAAAAAACAGUCCGCUUAUUGCCCGCUCCGCCACGGCCAUCGUUGUUGGUAUUGCCUGCGUCGCCCUUCCGACUCUCCUCGUGCAGAUCAAUUUUAGCCGUGCUGAGCGAUUUCCAUGGCUUCUCUGCGGUAUCACCCCUAUAGCUUCACUUAGUAUGUGGCAGCUGUAUGUUUUGCUGUCCUACGUUGCCCCCGACGUCAAGCAACAAAUUACGGAGCAGCGAACUGUGUUUAGGCCCAAGGCAAUUAUGACGUUUCUAUUAUCAAAUGUUCCUUACGCCUAUCCCGCGUUGUUUGCAGGAACCAUAUUUUGCAUACUUCAGUAUGUCGAGUACGGUGGGCGCACGUAUGUUCUAUUCGCCAUUAUCCCUGUGCUUACAAGUCUUGUGGUGCUCACGCUGCUUUUCUUGUUGGAUUUUUGCCUUACGCGGCACGCGAAAGACUUCAUCACAGGUGGGUGCCUGUUCCUUCUCAUGCUUUUUCCUCUCUCGCUGGCUUGGAGGGAGUUCCGUGGGCUUACCCUCCUUCCUGUUGUCACCGCGUCCUUCCUCUUCUACCUCACGCAUCUGAGGCUGUCGGCGAUGCGAGCCCUCCACGAACUUGUCGUAGGGGCGCUUCACCCCCAAAACCGCCACUUCCGCUGA